AUGGAAGAUUAUUAUGAGCAAGCAAACGCUGAAGAAAAGGACGUAUUUCAACAAUUCAUUAACAAAUAUAUUUUAUUUUACGGAACUACAUUGGCAUUAACUGCUGCAUCCUUAGCUGGUUCCCUUGUGGUACCAUUAAUUCGAUCCCGCAUGUUUCCGCUAGAAAUAGAAUAUCCUUUCCGCGUUGACUAUCAACCAAUGACGGCGAUAAUCUAUUUUCAUCAAGCACUUGGUAUGUAUCAGGUAUAUUGUCAAGUGAGCGCUAAUGUUUUCCUCGCCCUUCUACUGUGGUUUACAACGGCUCGCUUUGAAAUUUUGACCAACAAAUUCCGUUCGAUCACCAAGUAUUCUGACUGGAAAACAUGUAUACAAGAGCAUCAAGAAACUCUAAGAUAUGCGAAAGAAAUGAGUAGUUCUAUCGCACACGUAGUGUUAUCAUCGCUUGGUGUUAGUACUGUAGCGCUAGUUUUUGGCGGCGUUACGUUUCUCAGUAAUUUUCCGCCGUCCGUAAAAAUUCAAUAUAUAAUCGUAUGUUCUACAUCAUUAACAAAAGUACUUCUGUGCGCUUGGCCAGCUGAUCAUUUAAUGAGAACA